AUGAGUCAAAUGGAAUUCCAAUCAUCAGGGAGGCUACCUUCCCAGACCAUGACCAACCCAAAACAGAAUGCUAGCGCUAUCACAUUGAGAAGCGGGAAGGAGCUGAAUGAACCCACUCAAGAAGCAUCCAAGGAUACAACCAAAAAGGAGACACCAUCUCCCCAAACAGAUUCAAGCAGAAAGCCACCCCAAGCCAUAGUCAUCGCUCCACCUUUUCCUAGCCAAUUCGCAAGAUCCAAGAAGGAGGAGCAAGACAAGGACAUUCUCGAGACAUUCCGCAAAGUUGAGGUAAACAUCCCCCUCCUUGAUGCAAUUAAGCAAGUGCCCCGCUAUGCCAAAUUCCUAAAGGAGCUAUGCACUACUAAGAGAAGGCUGAAAGGCGAUGAGAAAGUCCAUAUAGGAGAAAAUGUUUCAGCCAUUCUCCAAAAAAGACUACCGCCUAAAUGCAAAGAUCUAGGUAUGUUCACCAUUCCCUGUAAAAUAGGAAAUGUCCAGAUUGAAAAAGCUAUGCUAGACCUAAGAGCUUCGAUUAAUGUCAUGCCCCAUUCUAUUUACACAACCAUGAAUCUCGGACCAUUAAAAGAAAUGGGUGUGAUCUUACAGCUUGCUGAUCGAUCUACUACAUACCCGAAGGGAAUCUUGGAGGACAUUCUAAUCCAAGUUAAUAAUUUGGUCUUUCCUGCCGAUUUUUAUGUGAUCGACACGGAAGAAGAUAAUUCUUCCAACUUGACUCCAAUUUUGCUGGGAAGACCCUUUCUUAAGACAUCCAAAAUAAAAAUUGAUGUGCAUAAGGGGACACCUACCAUGGAAUUCGAUGGUGAAAUUAUUAAAUUUAAUAUCUAUGAUGCCAUGAGAUACCCUAAUGAUGCGCAUUCCAUUUUUUCUAUAGACGUUGUUGACUCUUUAGUGCAGAAAACUUUUGAGCUAGAUGAUGAAGACACACUGAGAGUAGCACUUAACAAUGGGCCUGAUCGACUGCAACGAGCAAAGAAGAAGUUCAUGCUGAAUUCAGAACUACAAACUUUGACUUUUGAACUGAACUCUUUUGAAUUUGCUCAUAAUUCUUCUUUCAUUAGUUUGCCCAUAUCUCACACAAGACUCCUUCCAUCUAUUGUGCAGGCACCCYAGCUGGAGCUGAAAUCAUUACCGAAGCACCUUAAGUACAUGUUCCUAGGCAAGGGGGAGACAUUACCCGUGAUAGUUUCUUCCAAACUCGAUGCAUUGGAAGAGAGGAAACUGAUUCAAGCACUUAAGGAAUGGUUUCAUCAAAUUCUAGUUGCACCUGAGGACCAAGAAAAGACUACCUUCACCUGCCCCUUUGGUACAUUUGCUUAUCGGCGCAUGCCAUUCGGUCUCUGCAAUGCCCCCGUCACAUUCCAAAGAUGCAUGGUUAGUAUAUUUUCAGAUUAUGUGGAAAGCAUUAUAGAGGUAUUUAUGGACGAUUUCAUAGUGUAUGGGGAUUCUUUUGACUCAUGCUUAUCUAACUUUACAAAGGUACUUGAAAGGUGUAUAGAAAAGAACCUCGUGCUGAAUUAUGAAAAAUGCCAUUUCAUGGUCRACCAGGGCAUCAUUCUAGGGCAUGUAGUCUCUUCUAAGGGAAUCAAAGUUGAUAAAGCAAAAGUAGAUGUUAUUAAAUCCCUGCCCUAUCCCAUGAACAUUCAGGAAGUUCGCUCUUUCCUUGGACAUGCAGGAUUCUAUCGGAGAUUCAUCAAGGAUUUCUCCAAGAUAACUCGCCCCUUAUGUAAUUUACUCGAGAAAGAUGUGAUGUUUGAUUUUGAUGAAGGGUGCAGGGCAGCUAUUGAUAAGCUGAAGGAAUCGUUGACUAUAGCCCCAGUCAUCCAGCCACCGAAUUGGGAUCUUCCCUUCGAGAUUAUGUGCGACGCAAGCAAUUAUGCCAUCGGUGCUGUUCUGGGACAGAGGGUUGGAAGAGCCGCUCAUGCAAUAUAUUAUGCUUUGAGGACCCUUGAUGCUGCCCAAUGCAAUUAUUCAACAACAGAGAAGGAACUCUUGGCU